AUGACCUCCUCGUUGUCGCCCGAUCAGUACGGGAAGCAGCCGUCGCAGGGACAGUAUGGUGGUGGUAGCGGCGGCGGCGGCGGCUCCGGUUCCGACCAGGAGAGGGGUCCUUUGAGCUCUUUGAAUCUCGGCUUUCUCAAGUCCUUGACGGAAAAGAGGACAACAAGAGACGGCCAACCUCCCAAGAGGAGAGGACCGAAGCCUGACAGUAAGCCUGCUUUGACCCGGCGGCAGGAACUGAACCGCCAGGCGCAACGCACGCAUCGUGAAAGGAAAGAACUCUACAUCAAGGCACUGGAAGACGAGGUGCUGAGACUGAAGGAGAUCUUCAGCAAUAUAUCGCAAGACAAGGACAAGAUAGCCGAGGAGAACCGGCAACUGAAGCAGCUUCUGGUCCAGAACGGCAUCCCGCUCUCCCACUACGGCGACGACAUGGUCAGCAACCCCAGCGUGGGUUACACGUCGAGCGCCAGUCAGUCGGGCCACAGCUACGGCCAAAAUGCCUACACGCCGCCCUUGACGUCCACGACGGCGCCCUCGGUGUCGCCUUCGUCUCACGGUCCGUCUCACCCCCACUCACACGGUCAACCCCCUCCCCUUCCCCAGAUGGGCAGCCAGCAGCUGCAAAACAGGCAGCAUGGGCAGAGUUCUGGCAGAGGUGUGGACUUUGAGCAAGCGGGCAUUGACUUCGUCUUAACGUACGAUAACCACCACCCCUCGAAGGCAUACCUAUCACCUCCCCCGCAGUGA